CCCAUCUCUUUCCUGACGAGUUAUUAUUAACCCACCCACCCGGAAGCCACUGAUUCACGCAGCCACAAGCUGAUUAGAGUAGCAUCUGAUCCAAUCCAAAGCCACCCACUUCUUCUUUAUAUACCUCCCGCGCCAUCUCUCCUUCUCCCAGCUCGAAUCGGAGGACCAGCUCCGCCGCCGACGAUUCUUGACUUGCCUUCUUCUCCGGCGGCGACGAUUCUUGGCUUCUUUGGUUGAUUGGUCGGGCGGAGCAGCGGUCGAACAGCUUGCGGGCAUCAACAGGCGAGGCAUGGCGAGGGGGCUGUUUGCGUGCUUUGGGAGGGGAGGGGAGGAGGCGGAGGAGGAAGCAGGGAAGAGGCCGGCGCUGCGGCGGCGGAGGACGGUGAACCUCAGGUCGCUGUCGCUGGAGGACCUGUCGCGGACGCUGGCGAAGACGAACCUGCACGCCUUCACCCUGGACGAGCUCAAGGCGGCGACCAAGAACUUCUCCACCAGCAACUUCCUCGGCGAGGGCGGGUUCGGGCCGGUGUACAAGGGCUUCGUCGACGGCGAGCUCCGCCCCGGCGCCCUCGAGUCGCAGCACGUCGCCGUCAAGUACCUCGACAGCGACGGCGUCCAGGGCCACCGCGAGUGGCUGGCUGAGGUGGUGUAUCUGGGGAUGCUGAGCCAUCCUCAUCUGGUGAAGCUGGUAGGAUUCUGCAACCAAGAUGAUCACAGGAUGCUGGUCUACGAGUACAUGCCAAGAGGCAGCCUCGAGAACCACCUGUUCAAGAAUCUUCUUGCUUCGUUGCCAUGGUCGACGCGGCUGAAGAUCGCCGUCGGCGCGGCGAAGGGGCUCGCCUUCCUGCACGAGGCCGAGACGCCGGUGAUCUACCGCGACUUCAAGGCCUCCAACAUUCUUCUCGACAAGGAUUACACGGCGAAGCUGUCGGACUUUGGGCUGGCGAAGGAGGGGCCGCAGGGGGACGCGACGCACGUGACGACGCGGGUGAUGGGCACGCACGGGUACGCGGCGCCGGAGUACAUCCUGACGGGCCACCUGACGGCGAGGAGCGACGUGUACAGCUUCGGCGUCGUUCUGCUGGAGCUGCUCACCGGCCGCCGCUCCGUCGACAAGCGGCGGCGCGGCCGGGAGCAGAACCUCGUGGACUGGGCGCGCCCCUACCUCCGCCGCGCCGACCGGCUGCACCGCAUCAUGGACCCCAGCCUCGAGCUGCAGUACUCGGCGCGCGCCGCGCACGCCGCCGCGAAGGUGGCGCACCAGUGCCUGCAGAGCGUGCCCAAGUCGCGCCCCUGCAUGCGCGACGUCGUCGACGCGCUCGAGCCGCUGCUCGCCGUCGACGACGACGUGCCCAUGGGCCCGUUCGUGUUCACGGUCGGCGGCGAGGAGGCGGCGGCGGCGGCGGCCGGGAGUAGCGCCGCCGGCGACGCCGGCGACGACGAGCCGGCGAGGGGGAGCCGGCGGGGAAAGAAGCACGUCACGUCGGCCGUGCACGCGGAGAGCCCGCUGCGCGACGGCCGGUACGCGAGCAGGGUGAAACGACCGGAGAGCCCACCGAGUGUGAUCUGAUGAGUACAUAGAACAAACAAACUGAAUUUGUACAUAGCAAAACUACAUGGUCCUUGAUUCAUUUGUAUUAUACUACCUUUGUUCGUGAUGUUUUUUGUCUAAAGAAUUUGCUAAGGGAAACGUUGAUUAAUAGAGUUGUUUAACUCCCUUUGUAACUUGUAAGAAAGAAAAGGGGAGUAUUUUUCUAGAUUUUAGGCGCAUAUGCAAUGUGCAACUUUUGUUCAUUUUAACUACGAUUUAUCUAACUUUAAAGACUUUUAAUGUUUAUGCCUG